UGACGUCAUCAACCUGCGUCGACCGGCUGAAACGUGGGAUCAAGUGGAGAGAGCAGCAGAGAGAAGCGUCUCCACGUGAACUGAUGUGAACAUGGCGUCGCUACAAGAACCGGAGAUCCAGUUCGCUCAGAGGUUAGCCUCGAACGAGAAACCCAUCCGGACCAAGGCGUUAAAGAAGCUGAGGAAGUACAUAAAUAUGAGGUCACAGAGGGAAACAGGUGAGCUAACAUAAGGGAGACGCUUGGAUCUGUCAGAGGGGCUAACAGCAGCUAAACUGUUAAAGAUCAUCAACACAGGCGGUCAAAAAUAAAGGUUAUCAGACACUAACAGAGACAAUAACAGCCGCCUUUAACUUCUCUUUUGAUUUAAUAAUGAUCUAAAACAUCCAGCUAACCUCAGCCUCUUUCUUUCAGGUGGAUUCACAGGUGAAGAGCUGCUCAAACUGUGGAAGGGUCUCUUCUACUGUCUGUGGAUGCAGGACAAACCACUGCUGCAGGUACGAGCCACCAUACACCUCAGCAUAACAUCAGACCUGAUCAGAGUGCGAACGCUCAUCAAUACAUGCUGAUAACUGAUCAAUCAGACCACAUGAGGAGAAGGUCUGAGAGGAGUUAGUCCGCACUGGUCUGAGAGUGUAAACACUCAGGUGUGCUCAGACAUCGACUCUCCCUGUAUCCGUGACAAUGAUCACUUUGGUUCUGGUUUUAUACCAUCAGGCAGAUCCCUCCAAUAGUAUUAAAGGGAUACUCUGAUGUAAAAUUAAAUCAGGGUCAAACAAACUGUAACACAGAGUUAGAAAACACCACUCUAUAUCCACAAACAAUGCUCAAAACAGCACCUAACUUCAUCAACAGGACAUAUAGGGUCCCAGCCAUAGUACUAGACACCAAACAUCUUUUUAACUUUGACCAAUUUCUUUAGCAAAUGGACUAAACACAACUUACCUACUCUCUUCCAGCAGCCGCUUAUUUGUAGUGAGACCUCAGGCCAGUCCAUUACAGACUACAGCGGGGUGACGCAGCUCAAGGAAGAACAUUUAUGAUCAUUUCUUCAUGGAAAUACAAUCAGACCGAGACGCUAAGGCAGAAGAACUGCUGUUGUACAAAAUGAUUUAUAUGGUGAUUAUUACUUAAAGGAAAUGAUAAAGAAAUGGUCAUAAAUGUUCUUCCUUAUAUCUACUGUGACCCUAUAUGUCCUGUUGAUGAAGUUAGGUGCUGUUCUGAGCAUUAUUUGUGGCUAUAGAGUGGCGUUUUGGUUGAGCGCGUGGCUCUCUGUAUUGCUAUCUGUGGUCGUUACUAAAGUUGGUAUAACUAGAGAAGCAAGCGGUCGACAACAUUCAUCUCUCGACGGGUUGUCCAACUCUGUGUUAUGGUGUGUUGACCCUAACUUAAUUUUAUGCCGGAAUAUCCCUUUUAAAUUGCACACGCAUUCAAAGAGUUAGGUCUGAUCACUGGACACACAUGGUUAAUGCAAAGUGUGAAUAUUUAUACUGAAACUGGUCACUUUUGUCCCGAUCACUGAAAACCACAUGCUGAUGCAGGGCCUGAACAGCCUCUCAGACUUUCCUCUUUGUCUUUCUCUUUAUGUAGAAAGUACGAUUGGUAUUGUACUCUCAUUGCUAAACAAAACAAAAAAUAUUGAAUUAAAUAAAAAAAGGCAGACUGAGAUCCAUUACACAUUGUAUUGUACGUCUGCACUCUGAGAGUAUAUGUGAAUGAAUGUUGUUCGCUCUAUCGCUCUCGGUAUUCAGAAUUGAUAACUUUAAAAAAUAGUCCAAAUUUAGCUCACUUUAUACCCCACAGCUUAAUCAUGUCGACAUUUACUGUCUUUUCGAAACAGUUUGAUGUCAUGUUGUGUAAUAAACGUUACGCAAUCUCCAACAAAAUAUGACAUUAAUCAGUAAAUAAAAGUUAAAUGAUCCAAUUUAAGAAGAAAAAGAGACAAGCAAAAAGUUAGUCAGCAGAAUAAAAGACUAUUUUAAAACUACAAGUUAAAGACGAUCUGGCCUGGAUUCUCACUUUUAGGCUGUUAAACAACAGUGUGCUGUUUGUGUUUGAGAAAUGUCAGGUCACCCAUGAUUGGAUAAAUGAAUCAAAGCUUACAUAACAAUGAUAUAUUAUUUCAGGAAUAAUGUGAUUAUUGAGUGAUUGGAAAACAAACAGUUCAAUUGUGGAUAUUAGCUCAUCGGGUUUUUGAUUCAGUCGACUGUACCUGCCCAAAAUGUUUAUUCUGUUACUGCUGAAAAAGACUGAAAAAGUCUGUUUGUCUGCGACGGUUUAAAUUAUUACACUCACAUCAUGUUCACACAGCCUCUCCUCUCCUCUCCUCUUUCCUCUCUGAUGUGAUUUUCUAUUAUUCAUCAUGUUUCAGGAGGAGCUGUCGAACCAAAUCUCCGGCCUGAUCCACAGUUUCCAACACACUGACGGACGUAAGUUAGCCUUGAGCGGUUUCAUCAUCCCUCCUUAUUUUGGUUGUAACUGGUCAAAAUCUGGUUGUGGUCCCUGAGAAGGGCUCUGCUCUGCCUACUGUGAAAUGAUGUGCUGUUUCCUGCAGAGUUUUUAUACCUGGAGAGUUCCCUGCAGACCUUCAAGCGAGAGUGGUUGGGCAUCGACCGACUGAGAAUGGACAAGUUUUACCAGGUGAGUGGGAUGAGAAUACCUGAUGAGAGUGGUACCUGUAGCUUUACUCUGAGAUAACUGGAGGCUUUACUUUCAUAAAUAAUAAUGAUGUGCACUUUUAUCAACAACAUUAACAAAUGUGCUAAUUUUAAUCACCUUUAUUUAAAUAAGUUCAAUUUGUUGUCCAAAAUGACCCCCCAAGCCACAAUUUGUUUUAAUUUGAUGCAUCAAUUAUGUAGCAGAGAAAAUCAAUCCAAAUUAACCAAACAAAGGAGAGGAAAAGCAGAAGACUGCAGCUUUCAGCCUGUAACUAUAAGAAAGAAUACAUAUUUAUGUAUUAGCUGAUCACAUGUUGAGUUUAACAGCUCCUUCAAUCAGACACUUCAUGAUUAAAAAAUCGAAAAACGAUCAUUUUUGACUGAUCUUGUUGAUCCUCAUUGUUUUGGAUCACAUAUAAUUGUAAAAAAUUAGAAAAAAGCCAUCCUUUUGUAAUGCUCUUUGAUACCACGCCGACUGGACCGAAGAGAACCGUAUCUCUGAAUCUACAUUUAAUCAAAAGAAACCCAUAAAACACGGUAUGUAGGAGUCAAUGAAUCCCACAAGAGGGUCAAAACCUGAUACAUGUCAGGAUUUUAGAUUCCCAAGAUGAAAAUGAAUAUAGAUACCCACUUAUUUUGAACAGCAGAAGGCUCUAUCUGCCUUUUGACUUCACACAUUGAAUGUCAUCAUGACUCUUCUGCUCUUAUCAUUAUUUACUGAAAUGUCUGUUAAAAACCCAGAAAUUUUCAGGUACUCUGAUGAUGAUAGAAUGAACUGGCUGUUUAACUUUAAUGUCUUUAAGUUAGUAGCUCAUUUUGUUCCUGAAGCCUGGAAAAAGCAGCAGGAUUGUUUAUAUGCUUAAUUGGUUUAAUGUCUGUUAUCUGGUUUUCAUCUGCUAUUAUAUGUUCGAUUUUUUUUUUUUGGUGUCCUGUAAGCCCACUCAGGCUGGGCACGUCUUGUGCAUGACACGUGAAUAAAUUUUUUUAAUUCAAUUUAAUUCAAUUGUGUCUGCUCUGAAUGGGGACACAGCAGCAGGAUGAAACCUGAAAAAGCCCAUUUGACCUUCACUUUAACUUUUCUGGUUCUGAUCCAUUAAAAAGAGAGAGAUCCGUCAUUGAAACGACACAUACCUGCUUCUCCACUCCCAAGAGAGACAUGAAAUUCAACAUGACUAUAAUGAAAAAGAGCUGAUGACUCUUCAGGGGGCGCUCAUACGAGCAACGUUUCAUACUUUAGAUUGUCUUCUUUCUUUUUCUCCCAUUAAAGGAUGUUUAUUAUAAAAGUAAAAAUGGAGGUAACCUCGACACAGGCAGAAAAGAUGAGAAAUAAAACCUGCGUAAGUGCCAGUACCGUGUUGGUAAUGAUAGGAAGGAAAUGACUCAGUAAUUGGUGCCCAUGACUCCUUUUUCGACGUGUGUGUGGGAUCAGUAUGAUAUUUUUUUUCCUGGUUUGAUAUCCGAGUUUAAAAUUCAGCUUUAAUGACUGUCCAGGUCACGACCACUCCAGCAGGAUCCACACACUCCGAGUUUUUUUCCUUGUUAGCCACCUUUGUUUUCUCGCCAGCUGAGACUCGUUCUCGGGACACUCUGAAAAGUGAAUAAAUCUCUGCCCUGCAGGUUUCUUCAGGCACACGUACUUGUUUUUCUGCUGGCUUAUUACUCCAACAGGUGUUGACACCUGAAGUCUGACUCAUUUUUACCGUCUGCAUUCAACAUUUUCAACAUGAAUAAAAGUGACAGGUUUCCAGACACGGGGAACGAGCUGCUGGAUUCGGUGAACAGACGAGGCGAGGCUAUUACAGCAGAGAGUAAAUCGAUGUUACAUGGUUCAGAUGGUUGGAAAGCUGCUUUUAUUAUCUGCUAUAUUUAAAAUGAACAUUUCCUCUCUUCCAGCUGGUUCGUUUCAUGUUCAGAAAAACUUUUGAGCUGCUGAAGAAGAAAGACUGGGACAGCAGGUAACGUUGUUUACCUCUUUGGUUUAUUUUUCUGCUUGCAUAUUGUAUGAACCUCGUUCACAAUCAGCAGGAAAGAGCCUGAAUGAUCCAGCUUUUAGGUUUUUGUCAUCUGACUCAAGAGUGACUCUCUCAAGCCAAUGCAGAGACAUGAAUUCACGCUUUAAUCACUUGUAGAAAAGACUAUUGUAAUGCCCUCCUCUCUGGUCUCCCCAAAAAGAAUAUCUCACACCAGCAGUUACUCCAAAAUUCAGCUGCAUGGAUGUUAACAACGACCAGAAAGAGAAGAGAGAUCACAUUACACCAAUUUUAAGGUCUCUGCACUGGCUCCCCGUCUCUUUUAAAACAGAUUUUAAGGUUGUUUUAUUGGUUUUUAAAGCUCUUCGUGGCUUUGGCUCAUCUUAUUUAUUGUAUAAGUCAGGUAGGAUCCUCAGGUCUUCAGGAAGUUCUUGGUUAACAUUACCGUAAGUUAAAACUAAAACAUACGGUGAGGCCCCUGUCUAUGGAACAUCUUACCUGAAGACCUGAGGACUGAAACUAAUCUUAAUGACUUUAAAACCAAAUUAAACCUUUUUUAGUCUUGCUUCUAACUAAGUUUUAUAUCAUUAACUUUGUUCAAGUGUUUAAGCAUUUAUCUCUUCUAGUUUUAAUGACCGGAUCGUCUUUUAUUGAGCUAUUUUGAUGCUCUUAUUUUAGUGUCUUUUACCAUUAUUUUUAUUUGAUUUAUUCAGUUUUUCUUAAAUUUCAUUUUAUGUUACUUUGUUUUUAGAUUUCAACCCUCCAGUGUUUCCUUAUCUUGAAUUUUAAAACACCGUUUCCUCAGUGCGCACAUUCCUGUUUAUAUGUAGUCGAGCCCUUAAGUUCAUGUAUUUUAAAACACGUUUCUAUUCUGCUUAGAUCUCAGGGCGAGAAUGAGGGGUUGGUUUGGGGUAGAUCAGGGUUGUCUUUGUUUCUUUUAUUCCUCUGCUAUGUAAAACACUUUGUGCUACAUCGUUUUUGUAUGAAAAGUGAUACAUAGAUAAAGACUAAUUGAUUAAUGAUCGAUAAAAUAUAACAUCUGGUGUUUUUCCAUUGGAAAAAACAAGAAAUGAUCAUAAAUAGUGAGUAUGUGAACACCUGCGUGAACACAUCUGUAUUUAAUUGUGUCAAAUAAAUCUGUGGUAUUCUCCUCUCCUCACUGUAAUGACUAAAAUAAUGUUCGUACAGUUUUUGUUCACUUAUUCAGUGUAAAAGCCCCAAAAAGAAGUCGUUCCCAUUCAAACACACAAACGCAGUGCCAGCCUAAACCCUCUGUUGUCGUGCCUUUACUGUGAUUUUGCAGUGAAUAACCGUUCGUGCUCUCUCUCUCUCUCUGUCUUUCUCUCUCUCUCUAUCUCUCUCUCUCUCUCUCUGUCGUCUCAGUGUGGUGUCCAGGUUUCUGGAGCUGGUGACAGCUGAGCUCCUGCAGGGCGGCUGCGACGCGCCCACCGGGCUGCAGUUUCACGUCCUGGACCUUUACAUGACAGAGCUGGCAGCUGUGGGUUCAGCUGAGGUAAACUGACGCUGUUAUAAUUAUUAUUUACUUUUUAAAGGAGAGAAACUAAAAUCCUUACUGAGCUGUGAUAAAGAGGAGUCCGUUUGACGCUGCGAUGUCUCGUAUCAGCACCUUCGACUGUGUUUUCACUCUUCAAGUAGAACAUUGAGAAUAUUUUCGACCCAGAAUUGUGUUUCUCACCAAAUGGUUUUUCACAUAUAAUGAAUAUUUCAUGAAGUUGCCGAUAGACCACAUAAAGAGAGCCCAAAUCCAAGGCCGUGUUCGGGAUUGUGAUUCAGCUCAUGUAGCUUCUGAAUCGAUGGACGGUUUUUACACUUUCAUUUACUUUUCUGAUUAGAGCCAAAGCAAUACCUUUCCUGUGUGUGUCUGUCUGCUCUGUCCUCACUCAAAACCACAACACAGCAAAUAUAAGAAUAUACAAAUGUUUAAGAAAUUAGAAAUGUAUAAUAACUGAGGCCCAGAGAUUCCCAGAAAAGCAUCAAAUGAUUUAAAUAUGUCGACAGACUUCCUCUGGGAUAUGGAUGAUAUUUAAAAAGGAAUUAUUUUAUGUUCCGAUCCAUUUCUGUAUGUGGGUCAGAAGUUUUAGACCUUGGUAUCAUGACAUCCUGCCAGAAAAGUCCAAGUAAAAGUGAGAAAAAGUGACGUGGGCGGAUGGAACCAGAGGGCGGCGUGAUGACUCUGCUCCGUCGAUAACUGUCAGGGAAACCACUUUGAGCUGUCAGCGGACUGGCAGGAGAGCCGUGGUGCGCUGUGCAGAGAUUUCAGGAUAAGAAAGAAGAAGAGGGAUGUACUCUUCCUCUCCUUGAGUGUUUGUCAGUCUGAGUUUUUUACGCCGAGGGGAAAGAAACAAAUGAAAAUAAACUUAAUCCUCCAGAAUGACAUGAAGCAACAUUUUCAUACCGUAUUUACAUCCUGUCUUCAUUUAUCAAGGUUUUGUUCACAAAGUAAUCUGCCUAAUAGAGUUAUGACGGUUGACUUACAGCCAAACUUUGUGUUUUAUUUUUCUACAUGUGGUGUAAAACCGAGAAUUCCUCCCUGAAGAAGCAAAUGGUUUGAAGUUUGAAGUUUGAAGUUUAUUUCGAUCUGGUCAUAUCCAUUCAAUAUAUACAGUAGAUCACAAGAAAAGAAAACCGGACUGAAAAGGCAUAGGCUGAAGCAACAGCUUAUUAUAGCCUAUCCUUCUUACUAAAUCAAAAUAUUCAAAACAUCUUAUUCCACAGGUUAGAUAGAAAACAAAACACAACAACAAAACAAAGAACAAAAAAUGACUCAGAAGAAAGAAAAAAAUAAAAAUAAAUAAUAAUAAUAAUCAAAUUAAAUCCAGAAUAUAAAUUAAGCCGUAUCCUCAAUAAUUUUUUCUAUAAUUUUCGAUCACCUUACUUUUAAACAACAAUUCAAAUUUGUGGAUAGUCUGACUCAUUUUUAAUUCGACAAGAAUCGACAAGACAUCCUCCAUUUUUGUAGAAAAUCCUGACUGUAUCAAUUUAGUGAGAUCAAGGGUGCGAUGCGGUGGUCGGGUAACGAUGGAGACGCCCUCAGUUUGACUUCAGACAGCUUGUAGACUUUUUAUUUUGAAUUUAAAUGUUUUGUUUCAGUUUGAAUAUGACCAUCUCUCCCCAAACUGUUUGUUCAUGAUCGUUGAAAUAGAAAUCCUUUGCACUCAUGUGACUUUCUCUCUUUCUUCCGCAGCUCACUGCAGAUCAGAACUUACAUUUCAUCGAACCGUUCUGCAAAGCAGCAGCAAAGACAAAAGAGUAAGUCCCCAUCUGCUCAGCUUCAGUCUGAGUUUGUAUGUAGUUUUGUUCACACGGUUUCACGCAGCGCUGUCUUUGAAAUGACUUUCUGUACUUCACGGCGGUGCGGCAGCCGGAGUCGUGUGGGUUUUGUGUCUGAAAACAUUUCUUUGAUUGUUUUCUAAACCUGUGGGAUGUAUGAAUGGAUUUGCAUUUCAAAGUGUCCGUGCAUCCUUCGCACAGCAAGAGGAAUAUUAACGCGUCCUCCAGCUCGCUCACCUCAUCUGCAGACCGGGUCAUCCAUCAUUUCUCUUUGUGUUUCUUUUUGUAUUCCAGUCGGAGUCUGUUCGGCGCCAUCUGCAACAGUAUCUUCAGCACCAUCAUAGAUCAGGCGCCGUUCGCCAUCCAGGAUUUGAUGAAGGAGAUGAAAACAGCACAUGACUCAGACUCCGACUCGGGACAAGCGUCAGAGGAGGAGGAUGAAGAUGAGAAAACAAAUAUGAGCAAGGCUGUGACGACAAGAGGGAAGCAGAUUAACGGUACGUCUGCAGGUCUGUGGAGUGGAAUAAUUCAUGUGCACAGAACCGUGACGGAAACGUACAAACACGAUAAACCCCUCGCCAUAACCUUGAGUCAGACCUCGCCCCCUUUUCUGGGGUCUUUUCUAUCAAACCAACGAUUCUGACCUUAUGAUGGAGAAAAGCUGUUAAAUAGAGGCGCCCCCACUCAUCUUUGCCAUCUUUCCCAGCAUGCAUUGCAAAAACAAAAAAUCUUUCUGGUCGUCCUGCUGCAGCUCUUCUAGAAACUGUUUGGAAAAAAAAGAAACAAAAGCGUCAGAAGCUGAAAGAUGUGAGAUUUAGAGCCACAGAGACUGAACACGGAAAGUCUGUAAAGUGUUAACGUGAACGUCACAGCAGCACAGUCAGACGCUCUUGACUGUAAUGACACCAUUCAUGAUAAUUACAGCAUUUAACAUGCAAUACAGGAAUACAAUCACAUAUAAUAACUGCAUUAUUACAGCUCCUUAAAAAAACACACGUUCAAGUCCAGACAAAUGUCCUGGUGCUGCUGAACGCUGCAGCUGUGGAUCAGUAAUUGGACGGAUGUCCUGCAGAACGAACUCAGAGUGGCUAAACCUGGAGCACUCAUGAUGACGAGGCGUGUGUGUGAGUCACCGCUGUCUCUGCUUAUCCUGUCAGAGCUGCUGGAGUUUUCUUUUGGUGCACAUAGAAACACGCUGCGGUUAUCCCUGCAAAAAUCACGCCCAUCCUCUCAACUUUAAAUGUACAGAAAGUCCUUAAAGCAUCAGGAACUCGGUGCCUUUGCAGAGUCUGACGCUCUUGAGGUCUCGCUGGGAUAGAUCCAAUCAACACGCGCAAAUCUGAAAUGCUGAGUCCGUCGUAAUCUCAGGGGAGGGAUGCAAAUUUACCGAAGCAGAAAUUUCUCGUCAAGUGAAGCACUCGGAGGCUGCUGAUGCUCCAAAUGAAUUCAGUCGUGCUGUUUCCUCUUUUUCAGGCAAAAAGGUGACUGUUUCAGAGGAUGAGGAUGAAGAGGAGGAUGAGGAGGAGGAUGAUGAUGAUGAUGAUGAGCUUCUUCAUCUUGAGGGCUCGGACACAGAGAUGCCAGAUGAUGAUGAAGACAUUGGACCAGUCCUACAGGUGAGGGAUGACUCCUCCUUAGAGCUGUCAGUGAUGAUUGAUAAUGGCAGACAGGCUCCAAACUGGGAUGAGGGUUGCUGAGGGUCCGUUUAGGUCGAUACCCCCUAAAAGUGGACCGAUUUGAAAAGCUGGUAAAGCAGAGACAUGAUGAUUACCUCAGUGAUGUCCACGCAGAGUGAAGGUCAGAGGCCUCUGUGGAGUGUUAGAAAUUCCUGCGAUGGUAUACGAGCCUGCAAGAGAAGUUAUGGUGGCAACGAGUUUAGGUCUGAAUCCAACUGAGCAUCUGUGAAAUGUGCUGAUGGACCAAGGCUGAUCCACAUGAGACCGGAAGGAUCUGCUGCUCGGUUUUUGGUGCCAGAUACCACAGCACACCCUCAGAGGUCUAGUGGAGUACGGUUCUUGUAAAGGAGGGAAGCAAACGCAGUUUUAAGCAGACAGUUAUAAUGAUGUGGAGGGAAAUGACCUGUUCUCUAAAUUGACUUCACACUGAGCUCAAAGAAGGAAAUUAAAGCUUCAAUUUGACACAGAUUUCCAGACUAACAAACUGUCGAAGUUUUAAAACUGAGGUUGACUGAGUGUCAUGUUGUUCGUUCAGAGGUUUUAGAGGAUCAGUCUGCUCCUCAGAUGGACUCAGUUUUGGGAAAAGUUGAUGAGUUUAUUUUCUAACAAGCUCUGUGUGUUUUUUUUUUUUUUUUGUGUGUGUGUUUUUUUUGUGUGGGUGUUUAUAGUUCAACUACAGCGCCCUGGCAGACAAACUGUUUGAGUUAGCCAGCCGGGGCAACACGCCAAGUCGAAACAGACAGAGACUCUACAAGAUCAUCAAAGUGUGAGUACCAGCUGACUGUGUGUGUUUGUGUGUUUGUGUGUUUGUGUGUUUGUGUGUUUUAAUGACAGAAACGAGCCGCAGAGAAAAACCGCCUCAGUCUUUCUGCAUCUGUGAGGUUUUAUCUGAGAUGAUCCUAAACAUUUAAGAGUCUGUUUCUCAUUGUUCGUUAGGAUUUUGAACUCUUCUUUUAUAUUAAUUAUAUUUUAGUUUAAUGAAAGACUUAUUCUUGAGUUUGGCGGUGGAGUCAUGAAGAUAAUUUUGGUGGAAAAUGCAGAAAUUUCGGAGCCUGAUGUGUAACGAUCCGUGAUUUAAUCAGUCCGAUCUCGACCUAAACGCUGAAAAUGAGCAGCUGUUUUAUGAGAAAAGCUGAUUUAGAAGUAAAUCUGCAGCAAACUCUCGGCUUUUAUACCGUGACGAGUGUGUUCACUCUCUUUAAUAACACAUCCUUGACUGGGCUGAUUUUCUGAAUUCCACUUUUUGUUCAAGAGCUCUCCAACGUAAAAACCGGCGGUUCAAAGCGAGCAGUUUCUCUUCACAUCUGUGGAGAAGAAAGAUGAAAAUUAACUCGAGCUCGGGGAUUUUGUAUUUUAUAUAUAAAGCCGACUUUAUUCACACCUGAAGGUUGGUGUAGUUUUUUGAUGUGAGGUUUUAUGAGGCGAGAAGAAGCUGUGAGUUUGUCUUUCCCUCCCUUUCUUGCUGCGUUUAAACCCCUAAAAUAAACUCUUAAUCAUGUUUUUUAAAGAUAUUUGUGUAAUCCUGUUUUUUCUUCUUUCUCUUUCUCAGACUUCGUGACCUCAGUGAAGGUAAGAACCGUCGAUCAAACCGUCUUCUCCUCAGGCUCCCAUUUGGUAUUUAUGAAAACAGAAUCCCUCUUCGCGACCUUUGACCUCUCGCCGUGUCCUCUCCUGUCAGGUGUUUUCCCUCAGAGCGAGUAUCCAGAGGAGGUGUCCACGGACGAGGAUGACGACGACUUCGGCAGCAGGAAGAGGAUGAAGAAGAAGCGCAGAGCGGAGGUGGAGGAGAAGGAGGAGGCGCCGGCUGCCAAGAAAAAGAAAGGUAAGAGAAGAGGAAAGUUAUAAAAAAUAAUGAAAAUAAAAAAUAGUAAAUUAAAGAGUGUGUAAUGAUUAGGAAUGAAUAAUGAGAGAUAAUCAGAUACAGUAAAACAAUUUUGAGCUGUUUAUGAGACUAAAAAGUGAUUUUUUUUUUUUAGUAAUUAACAUUAAAAAUUUGAGAUUUUUAAAUCAAAACUAAAACAUUGAUCCACAUUUACAGUCAAAGUUUACUAAACAGAUGUUGUUGUGGGCGGGUUGUUAGGCGAUGAAGAGUGAAGUCAAACCCAGAGGGAAGUUCAACAAAAUCAUCGCUUCAUUUGACUCAUAAAUUUGAUCGGCCUUCUCCAAAAGCAGAAAAAUGCUGAUAUAAAGAAUCGGCUAAAUUCAGAAUAUCAAUGCUGAUUAUCAGCCAAAGAUAAUCUGUCGACUCCUAAAAUCCAGAUUUAGAGUUUCAAAGACGGCGUGGACCGUAGGCUGCUAUCAAAAGGUGUUAUGAUGAGUUUGGCUACUUUUUCAAAGACGUGCAAAUCAGUAGAAAUCUGAGUUUAGUAGGGCUGGACGAUAAACCGAAAAUUUACCGAUACUGUAAUUUACGACAAUAACCGACUUUAUUUUUCUUACAUUGGUAUAAUCGAUAAAGAUCGAUAAAGGAAGGUAGGCUAUGAUCUCAUGUAGGGGUGGGAGAAAAAAUCGAUUCACAUAAGUAUCAUGAUUUUUUUGGUUUACAAUUCUCAAAUCUAUAUUUAUGUUCAACUUGAUUUUUUUUUCAAGUGUAAAAAAAAACUUAAAAACUGACGUACAUGUGAUGUGUAUUUUUUAGGGAAAUAUGGUUCCUGAAAUAGUCAACAGACAAUCAUCAUCAUUCAACUGUUUCACUGGAGUUAAAAAUGCAGACUAAAAAUCCAGAAUAUCGACAAUAUCGUAGAAUCGCAAUUUAAAUCGAAUUGGCAUCUAAAAAAUUGUAGAAGAAAUGAAACAGGAGAAAAGCGUAUGGUCCAAGCUCUAGCCUUGCUGUCCUACGUCCAGUCUGUAACAAAGAGGGAAAGACAGGUGAGGAGAUGGAGGACGGUUUAAAAGUUGGAGCGGCUGAAGUAGACGAAGUUAAUGUGGGAGGGGGUGAGCAGCUUGUGGAGUAGUUAUCGCCUGUUUAUUGUUAUCCAGGUGAACUAAUCAAUAUAUCGUGAUAUUGAUUUGAGGUCAUAUGGCCCCGCCCUACGUUUUAGUGAAUAUUCAGUUAUUGUGUAUUUAUGUCAGACCAUCAGAAACUGUGAGGGAUUUCAGUCUCCUGAAUCCAUCAGGUCUUUCUCUCCUCUCGACAGACCGGUCCAUUUUUAAAUCUGAAGUUUGAUUUUCCUCCACACAGAGGGUUCAUUUAUUUAAUCCUGAUCCAUGUUUGAUGAGUCUCUGCCAACUGAUCUGUGUCUCUGCUCCUUCAGGGAAGAAGAAGGAGACUCCCAAAGCAGAGCAGCAAAACAAAGACUCAGGAAAAGAGGAGAGCGAAGCAGCCGAGGAUGACAAACAAAAGAAGAAGAGGAAAAAGAAGAAGAAGAAGAAGGCCGGGCAGGUAGGAAGUGCGGAGGAAAACGCAAAGACAGCUGAAGAAGGAGAGACUGAAGGAAGUAAAUCUCAGGAAGCAGAUCAAGAGAAAAAGACGGAGACGCCAGAGUCGGUUUCUUCUCCUCCGUCAGAAACCCCGCUGGUUACAGAGGAGAAGAAACAUCCGACAGUUACAGCCGCAGAAGAAAACAGCCAACCACCCCCCGACCAAACGGACCAAUCUGAGAAAACAGCAAAGAGCAAAAAGAAGAAGAAGAAGAAGAACUGCGAGCUCAAAGCUGAGGCUGCAGAGGAGCCGCCGGUUCAGAGCACAGAGACUUCCUCUGAAGCUGCUGCUGAAGUUUCAGAGAACAGGAUGAAAAAGAAAAGCCUCGAGUCACAACCUGUCGAGACUGAAACUGUGACAAAAACGCCCGAGACUGACGCCGAAACUCCCGCCAAAAAGAAGAAGAAGAAGAGCCUGAAGGCUGUGGAGGAUGUCAAUCAGGCUGAUGGUGAAGCCGAGGUUAACAGUCCAAACGCUGAAGUCGAUUUCCCAGCAGCACCUUCUUCAGAUCCGGUGGGAAAUGGAAUAACUGAUCUAACAAGUUCAGCCAAGAGGAAGAAGAAGAAGAAGAAGAACCUGCAGGCGGCGGGAAAUGAGGAGGGACAAAAGGUCGAGGCCGCAGCUGAGAAAGAAGAAGAAGAAGAAACAGGAGUUGAUGCUAAAAUCCAGUCUGAAGAUGAAACCGCGGCGCCCCUGAAAAAGAAGUCAAAGAAGAGGAGGAGCGAACUGCAGGAAACAACAGCUGAGGCCGCGCAUGAAAGCUCGGCGACCCCGCUGAAGAAGAAACGGAAAAAUCAUCAAAAAGAACCAGAAGCUCCGGAGGAAGAGGAAGGAGCAGCGGGGAUGGGAACAGCUCAGGUGUCGAACGCUGAGGAACCGCUGAGCGAGACGCCAGAGAAGAAGAAGAAGAAGAAGAAGACAGCGAAACAGCCGACAGCAGCGGCAGCAGAUGACGACAUCAAAGAUCCGUCCCGGUCACAGGUGGUCGGCAGCGCAGAUGAGGAUCUCCCGCUGAGACAAUCCUCCUCUGGGAAAGCGGCCAAGAAGAAGAAGAGGAAGAUCCCUGUUGUGUUUGAGUUUGAGGCCGACGAGGUGGAGGCGGCGGCAUCGAUCAACGGCCUCGCGCAGGAGGAGACAAACGAAGGCAGCGUGAGUGUUUUUAAAAAGGUUAAACGCUCCAGAUGAGAUUAAACUAUCUGAAAACACUUACCGACCUGUGGAUUGAUUUUCUAUUUUCAGGACAUGGGAGAGCAGCCGACUCCUCUAAUCGCUGAAAAGUCUCAGAAGAAGAAGAAGAAGGCGAAGGCGUCCUCGGAGCCCGACUUUGUGACCUUUCAGAGCAACGCCGCUGUUCCUACACCGCUCUUCUGUAAAGUCAAGGGCGGCCCGCUCACCCCGCUGUCCGGCAAGAAGGUACGAAUCAAAGGAGCUGAUUCAGACAGAUAACAGGGAAAGAGAGUACGACUUAAACACGGACGUAGAAGGAGAAAAGGACCAGCAGUUAGAGAAGGUUUGGAGCGGCAGAUUCACCCAGAACAGAUUUUUCUGGUUGUUUUCGUGUCUUCUUGGUUUAUUUGGCUUCAUAAGUUCUUAUUGAUAAAGGCUUAAAGUUAUUGAACUCUGUACAAACUUCACUAAACUGUAAGUAGUGGUUGAAAUGCAAAGUAGUUCCUUUAAAUACAGCUCUUUGCGUUUUGUUGAAAACAUUUAAUUUUCAUACUUUAUUUCAUUAAGUUCAUAUUUAAAACAUUCAGUACAAACAAGAAAAAAUCUCAAACAUGUGAAUGAAAAGGAGCAGAAAGAAGAAAACUCUCACAGUUCAAUAUUUCUUAUUAUCAAAACGAACAGAAAAGACCACGUUAAUUCACAUUUUUCACAAAACAAACAUACUGAGACUUAGAUUUACAUAUUUCCCUGUAUUUACUCGACAUACUGACUUUGACACUUCUUUAAAGAUAAAAUUUGAUUUUGCUUCUUACGUCUGCCAUUAAACCUCUAGGAAACAAACACAGUUCAGAAAUGAGGAAUACCGAAUGAGAUUAUGAUGCAGAAAUGUUUUUUAAUCUCUGCGUAUUUUUAAAAAAUCUGCUCACACACAGACGGGAGACGACAGUUUGAUCAAUAAGCUCGCCAGAAAAAAGGUAAUAUCCUCGGCAGAAAACUACACCGUCUCAUUUCGAUUCCUCUCAUGAUCUGAACCGCCGUCUCAGUUAGUCUGAAACCUUCCUUUUAGUUCAAUAAGAAAAUCUUAUUUAGUUUCAUUUCAGAGUCAGACAUGAAACAUUUCCUCACCGUUAAAGUCUCCAGAAACUUUAGAGGAACUGUGAUUUUCAAAGUUUUUACAGAUUAAAUCAUUCAGUGUCUGUUCAGCUGAAAAGUUGAUGGUGGCAGCUCAGCUCACGGCCCCCCAGAAAUUCAGUCGGUCAAAGUGACACCUUCUGUAUUCGCAUAGUUGAACCACCUCCCUAUUACCCACUUAUCCUUUCUUUAAUCCCACAGAUUUAUGGUUCACUCUGAGUCUCAAAACAGCAAAAAUAUUCAGCGAUGUGAAGCUUAAUGAGGCGCACAGAUGAGAACUGCGGUUUGAAUCAGGCUGUAAACAGAUUAAUCUCUGCUGUAAGAUUGAUUUAGCUGUUUAUAGAAGUUUCUCAGCUCAUAUUUUAAAAACUUUUACUUUCUGCUUUAACUUUAGUUUUUAAAUCUAAGGGUUACUUAGUCAUGAGUGAAAACAGGUGUGUUGAUGUGACUCGAACCGACAAAUAAAUACUUAAAAAAGAAAAAUAAACAGGGUCCCUACACAGUUUGAAUUUCCACACUUUUCCAUACCCUACUUUUAGAAUCAUUUUUUGAAAUACCUCAUUUUCUAUUUUAGAAAACAGUACUUUAGAACUGUGGUAAUCGUCCAGAAACACAAAUAUUUUUCUCUACAUUAUUUUUCAUUUUCUAUAUCCUUAUUUAGACCUGGAAAUUGAUCAAAUUCAUUUCCAUACUUGCGUAGGAUUCCUGCACAAAGUAUGUCAAACUUCAUGAUGAGGACAUUAUUGUGAUAUUAAAGGAAAACAGCAGCCCUGCCAUGAUUAAAAAAGCAGGUCCAGACUGUACUCUUCAUAUUUACUUUAUCUGUCGUCGGUUUUUUUUUUAUGAUGUUCUGAUAGUUCUGCUCUAAACUAGAGGUUCAGAAACACAGAUCUGUCCUGAAUCAAGUUACACUUCAAUAACUUCACCAGUCAAAUGAAGCAGGUGCAUCAGUGCUAAUAACUGCAGUUCCCUGAGUGUCCACUAGAGGCUGUCUGAAGAAGCUGUAGCUGUGUAGGUCAUGUUCUGUUGAAGCAGAGCAGCUUCUUUUCUCAGGUUUAAAUGAGGAGGAUCAGAAAGUGUCAGAUAUUCAAGGAUCCUGGAGGUGUUUUUGAGCGAUUCACACCCUCAGCUUUUAGUCAUUUAGUGCCUGAAAGAGGAAAUCCUCUUUCAGCAGAACCAGAGAGCACUUUUGAGACCCGGGAUUGUCAAUGAUUGGAUAAAAAAAACUGCGUUUUAACGACCUCCUCCAGCGCCAGAGUGCUGCCAAACUGUCCAAUCUUCCUGUAAGGGUUUUUUCAUACUGCUUUCACAGAGGUGUGUUUAUUUCAUCACUAAACCUGUAGUUUUCCAGAUCUCCAAAAACAUGAGUCUCUUUACACCAGAUAAAAAAUUAACCUGUCAAAACAAAGAGGUGAAAACCAGAAUAAGAUCAACAGUCGUAGUAGAUCCUCUGACUGCCAGAGCUGGAUUUCAGCACGCCGGCUGCAGGCGUGGGAGUGACAGAUUUCAGAGACGCUUAGUCACGUUUCUGAGAUCCCGUUAGCUUCUGUGACUCGUAUUUAAAUUCAGAUUCACAAACACUGAAAAAAUAAAUGUUUAUAGUUCAGCAUGAGCAGAUUUACAGACAGAGGAGAUGCUGAUUGAGACCUGUGUCUGAAAGAGAAAGUGAUUUUACUAGGGAUGGGAAUCGAGAACCGGUUCUUGUUGAGAACUGGUUUCAAAUGGUUCAAUCCAUCAACAUCGUUUACAUUUUUAUUUUAAUGAUUCCCUUAACGGUUCCUUUCUUCCGGGUGCUUUGGAUAACGGUCUUGAGAGAGGCAGUCUACAUGAACAAAAACAGAGUUUAGAGUUUGUGUAGCGUGGACUAACUGAAAUAGAAGCAUGUAAAAAACACUCGACCCGACCAGAAAAACCCUCUAAAUUUUGUGCACAACUCCACCCCGUGUAGCCGUGUCCUCUUUUUGGGGAUCCAGAGUAUGGUCAUCCUGAUUUGACUGAAAACCAACCAAGUAAAUGUACAAAUAGUUUGUUGUUUAAUUAUUUUUAGACGACAUCUUUUUCUGUUAUCAAAGAGUCAGUAAAAUUUUGAGUUAACAUUGAAAAACUAAAAUCUACUUUUUUUAAAUCAUAGACAGGCAUUGAUAAGGGAAUCGUUCAAGAACUGAAUUGAUAAGCAAAAUCUUUAAUGGCAACAAUAUCGAUAAAAUCGUAUCAAUUCCCAUCCUUAGAUUUUCCUUAAAUUGAAUCGAAGUCGGUGACGGCUCAGCUCUCGGCCCCUCUGACAUCUAUUUCCAGAAACACCAGAACUGUGAAGCUGCUGUUUUAGUUUAUAACCAGCAGAAACAGUGAAGUUAAUGUGGGACUGCUCCCUUUUUAGUGUCCAGUAGGGGGCGACUCCUCUAAUUCUGGAAGCUCAAACAGAAGCGAAUCGACUUCUCUGUGAAUUCAUUUCCCCUCAGUAGACUGUUUACUCAUGAUUUUAUCAGAGCGUGUAAUCUCAAGUCGUCUUGAACGCAGCGUGAAGUUAUUUUGGUGAAUUAUGAGUUAAUUUAGAGGCAAAGGAGGAGAUAAAUCAAGAACUGAGUGAUACCAGAGUGUCUGUUUCCACUUCUGUUUUAUUCAGCGAGUCUUUUUUGUUUUUUGGAGGUACAAAUCUGUGAAUCAUUCACAAUGAGUCACAGCCGCUCGUGUUUUUCUCCUGCAGCUGCAUGAACCACAGAGCUAAAAUAGAAAAGUGAGUCCAGUGCAGCUCUGAUGAGCGGACAGAGUGUUUAAGUUCAGACCCGGUAUGAUGGAUUUGAUCAGAGUGGUGGAGGAACAAAGAGGACUCUGAAUAUUCGAUUAGUCUGGCUGUCGGACGGCCUCAGAGGAGCUCCUUAUUCGCUCUGUGGACUCGCCACUUUCAGACCUCAUCACACGCCUGACGGCCUGUUUCUCCUCUGCUGUCGAGUCUCUUUCUGUUUCCAUUCAGGGUUUAUUUUGUGGUUUUGUUUGAGUCAAAGGCUGAGAAGAUGCUCAUGGCAGAUUUCUAACAUUUUAUUGGAUUUAAAAAAUUCUCUUUGGUCAAGAGUUUCGAUGUUACUUCAGGGUUUUUUUUGGUCUCUCCCACAGAAGAAUCAAACUCCCAAAUCCGAGUCCAAGAAGGUGACGUUUGGCCUCAAGAACAACAAGACGGCUGGUAAGAAACUGAAAUUAAUAAUACAAGAGAUAAGAGUCAAAAAAGGCCACAUGUAUUUCAAUGAGAGGCGCUUUAGCUGCAGGAUAACAAAGCUAGAUAUUCACUUUUUCUCUCAGCGGCUCAGACAGAAAAUUUGCAAAGUGUUCGAUUUGACAGGAAGAGAAAGUGGGAAGUCACACCCUCUGUUUGCAGCUCAAAGAUAGAUAAUCCAGGUGUCCUCGGGGGAUUAGUCUUUGACAGCUAAUUCUGUACCCCGUGGAAACUGAUGAAGGGUGCAGAGAAGAGUCGGUGCUGCAGGGAUCAGAGAAAAACGUCACUUUUCUUUCAUGUUGCAGAGUUCAGGAAAACAGACCGCAGUCUGCUGGUGAGUCCAGACGGCUCCUCACGAGUCCCGUUUGACCCUGAGCAGAAACCCAAGUGUGGGGUCUUAAAGUCUCCCCAGACCCCUCUCUCCUCUAAAGUGAGAAAGACCCCCGCCAAACUCAAGAAGACCCUCAACGCUGUCAAGAAGACCCCCGCCAACAAAAAGAAGACCUCCAUGGGCGCCGCUUCUCCCAUGACCACGCCUAAAAGUCGACCCACUGCUGCAGAUUUCUUCUGAACCUGGACGGACUUUAGACCUGGAUGUUGAACUCUUUAAAGAACUGAUUCUCAGCACAUCCUGUUUGGACUGAUUUAUAAAGAGGUAUUUUUAUGUUUAUCUGACCUUCAUGUUUCCACUCUGAGUGACUCCGUCUUUUAAUAAAGUUACUCCUUCAAGUUUUCCACUUUUUCCACAUCUUUGGUUUCACACCUCUGUCGUUUUUUAAAAGCGGGACGAAAAAAUGAUUAAAAAAUAAACAAACCUGAACC